GUCUAAGAGAAAAACAGAGAAAAUCCCACAAAGGUUGUAGAAAAAAGUGCCAUAUGUACUUGAGAUGUUACUUAUAUUGCUUCCGGAUGCAUGUGCGUGAACACAUAUAAGUAAAUGUAAAAUGUGGUCUUAAUUGAUAAUAAAAUUAAUAUUAUCAUUAAACAUGAUAUCAUUCGAACUUUACACUUCUCGUCAGCACAUACUGUACAUAGGAUGGUUAAUGAAUUGGAUGGACCUCAAACAUGAACCCGAAAUGGUUGUUUCUUCUGUUUCUAAAAACUUUAGUUAUAUCUGAAAUCCAUGGACGUAAAGAUCAUUUCAGUUUUCAAUGCAUGAAUAAAAAUAUUACCAGGAAUAAAAUUACAGAUAAUUGCUCAUGCAUAACUUCAAAUGAAAUUAAAACGACUAAAAUAUUUAAAUGCAAAUGUGAAAGUGCUGGAACUGAUCGCAAUGUUUGGAUGGAAUUUUUUUGCACACAUUCCUCCAGUAAAGACAGAAGUUUAAAAACCAUUCCUUUGGAAAAAUUUAAAAGCACGAACGAAGUCUAUUUAAAUCGUUCUUGCAUCUCUGUGGUUUUCAGUAAGGGAGUACCACAGUAUAGAAUUGAAUUGUUCUGUAGGGGAUAUGGACUUGGAGUUGUAUGUAAGUGUAAUGUGCCAGUGGACAAUGAACUUGGUCAAUCAGUGAGUUCUAAUGAUUUGACAUUGAGUGACAAUGGAAACCCGGAAUCUCCAUUGAUGUCCUGGAAUGACAGAGAAAAGAGAGAUGUUGAUGAUGUUGUUAAUACCACUCAGAUUUCAGUUGAAACCACAGCACAAAAUAAUAAAAUGACAACAAAGCUGAUGACCUCCAUACUCUCAAAGGGUUCAACCGAUACGACAACUGUUAGGAAAACACAAACGACUAAACAGGGACGUAAUACGACUAAGCAGGGACGUAAUACGACUAAGCAGGGACGUACAUUAUCACAUAUCACAGCAAAAACUAGUCAAUAUGUGGCAACUACAACCAAUGAAUUAGCCGUAACCAGUCAGAAAGCUCAAGCAAGUCAUCAAAACACAAUAAUUACAACAAAUAGUCGCCAGGUGUUAUCGACAGAGUCAGAAUUUACAAGUGAAACAGAAAACACAACGAAGCAGAUUGGCGUCGCACUACCGAAAAGUAAGAAAGGUGGUUCUGCAGUCGCCAUUGCUGUAGGAGUAAUCGUUCCUAUUCUAAUUCUGACAAUAAUUGGAGUUGUAGUUUAUAAAUGGUACAGACGAAAAUAUCCCGUUCGUAUGGUCCUUGGUAAAAACUUUUCAAAAUUUCAAAAUCCUGUUUAUAACAAAAAGACAUCGACCUUAUCAUUAGUCAGGAGUGUUCCAUAUGAUGCUCCGUAUUCAGGUACUGAUAAAAAUGGUGGCCAUGACAAUCCAGCGUUAGAUAUGGAAUAUAGAGAUUUACAACCCGUAAGUUUCAGUACAAAUUAUGAUGAUGCCGAGUCUAUAACGGAAAUAGACGAAGUCCCAAAGAAACCUCCACGAUCGAAGAAAAGAGUUUCCGUGAUGUCAACGGAGUCUACCGACGGUAGAGUCAUGUCUGCAUUUUUACAAGAAGCAAUAAAUGAAGCCGAUUCAGAGAGUGAUACUACAAAUGAAAGCAAUAAAAUUAAGAAGAAAAUAACUGUUGAUGUUGAUAUGAGAAAGAAUGUUUCUCGAGUUUCUGUAGAAAGUAUUGAAAGUGAAAACGAUUUGCAUACCAGUGACGAAGAAAGCAACGAUGAACAAACUUAUGAAAACAUUACAAUUUCCAGUAAAAAAGAAAUAAAAAAUUCAGUACCGGACGAAUCUUAUGUGGAAACGAAAUCAAGCGAUGACGAAGACAAUUAUGAGGAAGUGGAAUCAGUAAGAACAGAAAAAAACUUGUCAGAUGAAAAUGAAGAUUACGAUAUUGUUAAUGUAGAUGAAUCGGAAACAAAUACUGCAUCUCAGAUCAUCGAUAAAACAACAGAUCAGGUUGAAAAUUCUGACAAUUCGGAUGCUGAUUACGAAAAUUUUGAAAUGAGAUCAGAAAACCAUGAAGAGGGCAUAUCUAUCGGGGUGAUACAGUUAGACGAAACUGAUGGUAAUGAAAUUCACAGUCCAUUUGUUGAAGGAGGAAAAAUGAAAAAGGUGAAGGUUACGUUUGAGGAAAACGAAAUACUUGCGUCAGAUGAGGAGAGCAUUGCCAGCAUUGAUUUGUCUGCCGUCAAAGAUGAAACUGAUAUUGAAACAAACAAUUCUGGAAGUGGUCGUUCGGAAAAUAAUCAAAAUGAUUUUAUUGAAACUCCGAAAGUCAUAAAAGUAAGUGAAAUGCCUUUAUUGCUCCAACCAUUGGCCAAAUCUGAAUCACGUCCUGUGCCUAAGGCUAUCUCAAAGAAAGAAAAAAGAACAAUUGCUCCUGAUCAAUCGGACGUGCGCGAGAAAAUUGCCGUGAAUCAAAAUAAUCCUGGUGUCGUUUCCGAUGAUAGUGAAUCAGAAAAUGAUACAGAUAGUCACAAUUCAGACGACGCGGGUAUAAAUCAAACAUAUUUGUAUACUCAUGAAGAUUCCACGGAGCCCAUUGUAAAAUCAGUUGGUACUUCUGAUUCAUCGGAAAACGGUUCUAUGGAUGAAUUUGAAAAUAUGAACGAAACGAUUGGAAAACAUGAGAGCAAAGAAAAUGACAAUAAUGAACUAGCAUCUAUACCGCCAUUGCCAAAUAUUCCACCUCCAGAUAUACAAAAUUUUCAAUCGAGGAUUUCUUCAGAUUAUGUUAUUACAGAGACACCGAAUGACGUAGCAGAUGCCAGUUCAGGCGACGAAUCUGCGUCAUUUUCUUAUAAAAGGCAAGAACAAAUAAAUGCUGAUUCAAGGAUUUUUGAAACCACCUCUAUACCUUCAUUACCUUUAACAAAACCUCCCCCAACAUUUGAACAAAAUUCAGCGUCCAGUGACUCGUUCGAAAUAUUAAAUGGAACGAACAUUUUGACAACUGAAUAUAUUACUGUGUUCGAAGACUCGAUCUUAAACGUUGACAGCGACAACAAAUCGGACCUGAGCGAAAAUCCCCCGACCCCUCCGAUACCAGGAUCCCCACCGCCAAUAUUCCAGCAGAACCAACCAGAAUUUCCGUACGAUUCGUUCACAGUUAUGGCAAAGCCAGGUGACAUCCAUACUGAUGACCAAUCUCAAACCAAGCACUUAGGCUCGCCCAUGGAUGAGACGGAUGAUGAAUAUGAUGUUCUAACUAACGAUGACUUGAUACCAGUAUCAUCAGAUCCAGAUGAACUCAUGCCUGGGUCGUCCUACGUUACAUCUGUUAAUCCUCAGCUGGUUACAAAAAAUGAAGAGGGAUCCGAUGUCAUUUCAGAUACUAAUAGCGAACCUGGUGAAUAUGAAAAGCCGACAGAUACAGCGUUAUCUAGUUCUACCAUGAAUGCAGAGGUGGAACAAAGAUUUUCUAAAGUUAUUAGUAGUCCCAAAAUAAACUUUUAUGACGCUGAAACAAGCACUAAAGUUAUCGCUAGUCCCAAAAUUAACUUUGACGACUCUGAUUCAGACAGCGGAAAGAGUGAUACUAACAGCGAAUCUUCAGUGUAAAUUUUACAAUUUCAGAUGUCAAUUAUACUUCAAGUUGUUAAUUAUUUAAACUCGUUUUGUUAAUAACGCAUCCAAACUUGUGGUGAAUGCAACCAUUAAACUCAUGUCCAUGUAUAGUGCAUUGGUAACACUAAUGGAAACAUGCAGGAUAAGCUCACUUAUUUUAAAUACUGAAGACGUUCACUGACCACUUACACAUCAGCAUUUUAAAUAUUUGACUCAUCUUUAUGACAUACAAUCCUUAACUCGCUUAAUAGAAAAAUUUACUCCCUAUUUUUCAACUAAAUGACAUAAGACGAGAAAAAUAGAGUAGUACACAAUGAAAGAAUGUGCUUAAAACUGGUACUGAAAAGUGUUCGCUGCCCUGUUGAUCCACUGCUGACAUAUUGAAUUAUAUAGUGUAAUGGAAGAGUAAAAAAGUACCUGUUGUUA